ACAAGCCAGAUCCGAAACUUUAUGAAUUUAAAUUGAGUGAACAGCUCGAGGAAAAGUGGAAAUGUGCUAUAGAUAAAUCGAUUCCAAUGUUUUUAAGCUGCAAUGAUGAUGAUAGGAUGAAUAUUGUUGAUGUUUCCUUGUUUGAGAGUAAUCCUUCUUCCGAUUGGGGAUUACUGAAGUUCAAUUUGCCAAAUUAUCCAAAAAAUGUUGAAGAAAUGAAAAUUGCUCGUUAUCUUUUUCGACAAAUUUUUAAAUGCUUCUUUAGAAAUGCUACAUUAGAUUCGGUGAUCCGCGCUCUUGUAUACUCAACCCAAAAAUGAUUGAACUAUUAUUUGAAGAGAAUAAAACAAAUAUGGACUUGAAUAUUCACUCU